ACCAGGAAGAAGGACAGGCGCACGCGUGAAGAAGGGAAUGAUGGUGGGAUAGGAAGGCAACGCAUCAAGCUGGAUGAUAGCUAUCGAUUCCCAACAGUUCACUAGAGCUAAUAGAUCGUACAUCACCCAAAGGUAUUUGCUGCUACUAGCACUGUAGCUAGUUCCCGUAGAACGACACCCUGGAACAUACAAAAAUGCCGAACAUUAAGAUAUUUAGCGGUAGCUCGCAUCGGGAACUGUCUCACAAAAUCGCCGACCGUCUUGGGAUGGAACUCGGGAAGGUUGUGACCAAGAAAUUCAGCAAUCAAGAAACAUGUGUUGAGAUCGGGGAGAGUGUGCGUGGAGAGGAUGUCUACAUCGUACAGAGCGGCUGUGGGGAGAUCAAUGAUAAUCUGAUGGAGCUGCUGAUUAUGAUCAAUGCGUGUAAGAUCGCCUCUGCCUCCCGGGUCACAGCGGUCAUCCCCUGCUUCCCCUACGCACGGCAGGACAAGAAGGACAAGGUGGGGAGUCGGGCGCCCAUCUCAGCCAAGCUGGUGGCUAACAUGCUGUCUGUGUCUGGGGCUGACCACAUCAUCACUAUGGACCUCCACGCCUCACAGAUCCAGGGUUUCUUUGACAUCCCAGUGGAUAACCUGUAUGCUGAGCCUGCUGUACUGAAGUGGAUCAAGGAGAACAUUGCAGAGUGGAAGACCUGCACUAUCGUCUCUCCAGACGCAGGGGGUGCCAAGAGAGUGACCUCCAUAGCGGACAGGCUCAACGUGGACUUUGCUCUGAUCCACAAAGAGAGAAAGAGGGCCAACGAGGUGGAUCGCAUGGUGCUGGUCGGGGACGUCACGGACCGGGUAGCCAUCUUGGUGGAUGACAUGGCAGACACCUGUGGUACUAUAUGUCACGCGGCCGACAAGCUGAUCUCAGCUGGUGCUACCAAGGUGUAUGCCAUCCUGACCCACGGUAUCUUCUCUGGCCCGGCCAUCUCCCGCAUCAACAACGCCUGCUUUGAGGCUGUGGUCGUCACCAACACUAUCCCUCAGGAGGAGAAGAUGAAGACCUGUCCUAAGAUACAGGUAAUUGACAUCUCUAUGAUCCUGGCGGAGGCCAUCCGCAGGACCCACAACGGGGAAUCUGUCUCCUACCUCUUUAGCCACGUCCCCUUGUAACACCACACACACACUGCCACACACAUACACACCGCCUCAAACACACACACACACACACACACACACACUGAGUCACCUGGGGCACUGUUCAGGAGGACACAACACCACAGAACAUUCAGAUAGAACAGACAUGACCAUCUCUCAUGCAGAAUAGGGAAUGUGGGGAACAGAUACGAUAGUCUUUCAGGUAGAAUAAGGAAUGCAGAGUCAGCUCUUCAUUCCAUUUCUAUGCCCAGUAUUCUGGAAUGUUUCUCAUCACUGAAUAGAAUCCAGCCCUGCUGUUCUGUUACACCAAAUAGAGGAAGAGAGGGGAUGUCCUAUACAAACACCAGGGUUGGGGUCGAUUCCAUUUCAAUUCCAGUCAAUUCAAGAAGGACACUGACAUUCCAAUUCUCUUCAAUGCUUUUGAAUUAGGAAAAUGUGGAUUUGGAAUUAGGUUUACUUUCUGAAUUGACUGAGAUUGAAAUGGAAUUGCCCCCAACCCUGAGAAACACCACCAUUAUAUUAGCAUCACUCUGCUGCUAAUGCUAACUAACCAUGUAAUAAUUACAUUUACAUCAUUUAGCAGACGCUCUUACAAUUAGGAUCAAUGAUUAAUAAUAAUAAGUUAAUUUUUCAGUCCCUCUCUCACUCCUAAACAGUGGGAGCAUCCCAAAUGGCACCCUUUUCCUACAUAGUGAACUUCUUUUGACUAGUGCCAUAUGGGCGCUGAUCAAAAGUAGUGCACUACAUGGGGAGUAGGGUGCAAUUUGGGACAUGUCUAUGGGGGGGGGGGGAGAGUAAGCUGUAAGUCUUUAGCUAAUGUGAACAGUCUCCUCUUUUUCAUAAUAAUGCUGUUACAAUAUGCUACAGAAAGAGGGUGAGAUAGAUGGUUGGAUGUUGACUGACUUCAGGUCAGUGGAGGCUGCUGAGGGGAAAACGGCUCAUAAUAAUGGCCGGAACGGAGCAAAUGGAAUGGCAUUAAACACCUUGAAACCAUGUUUGAUGUAUUUGAUACCAUUCUACCUAUUCCACUCCAGUCAUUACCACAAGGCCGUCCUCCCCAUUUAACCUGUCACCAACCUCCUGUGCUUCAGGUGUUUUAUUAUUUUAGUCUUCAUUUAAUUUUAUCAGUUUGAAAGAUGAGGUCAUAAUAAGUUAAGUGAAUCAGAAUGAGCUAUAGUUUACAGUGCCUCUGAUGUUCCUCUGGGUGAUUCCACAUAGUCUGUAGAGACUUAAGUCUUUUAAAGGGGCAAUCCAGGAUUGAUACUUCUAUUUUUGGGGCUUCUAAAUUAAUUAUAUAUAGCCACUGAUUCUUGAAGUAUAUAACUUAUAAAUGCCUCGUACGUGAUCUGCAUCCCUACCUCUGUCUAGGAAUUUGAGAGUGGGUACAUUCCUCCAACCCCAUUCCUCAGCUGUUGACCUAAACAAGUAGCAGAGUGACCGCUUUUCGAAUCGCGGAUUGCUCCUCUUAAGACUAUUGGGAAUCAUUCUUUCAGUGUGGGUGCAGAGGAGGCAGGUUUUGCUCUUUGAGCUUGUCGUUUGAAGCUGUUGGUUUCUAGCUGGGGGUUUUAGCUCUGCAGGAUGGAGCUUCCUAGAAAACACAAGUCUUUAUCUGCAAUUUUACAUUUUAUUUACUUUUUUGUUUUUUCAAUAACAUUUGUAUAAUAAACUCUCGAAAGAGUGGUAUCUGUCUGACUUUAAAGGUUCAUGUAUGUGCUUAUAUUCUGAUUUUGACUUGUUCAGCAUAAGGUGAAUCAGUGCACCAAAUAUCUGAUGGCUGAAUGUGAUCUUAUUAAAGAGAUGGUGAAAACGAA